AUGGAAGAACUACCAAAGUUCAUUGGGUUGCAAUGCAAAAACUACAACAACAAAUACUUGCGCUACGUCUAUGAAGACAAUGAGGCACAUGGUUUGCAACAAUUCUCCAGCGACACCGUGGUGAGUGGCUAUGCAAAAUUCCAGGUGGAGAAGGCAAAGAUGGGGAAAGGAUACGUUCAUAUCCGAUCCCUUUACAACAACAAAUAUUGGGUUCGUCGAUCUCCAACUGAAUUCUGGAUCACUGCCAAUGCCGACGAGCCAGAUGAGAACGAAUUCACAUGGACAUGCACAUUAUUUGAACCUAUUCCAGUCGAUGGGUGCAACAACAGUGGUCUUACGAUUCGCCUCCGCCACGUCAACCUCAGCCACUAUUUAUGUCUUUGGCGGAUCCCCCCACCCUACGAGGCUUGCAUGUUUGCAGCGUCUCCAGAUCAUGAUGAAUCACGCUUAGACAUCUUUACGGUCUUUGAUUGGGAUUCUCUCUUCGUUUUACCCAAAUUCAUUGCUUUCAAAGGUGACAAUGGCAAGUACCUUAGGAAAAAUAGGUUCCAAGGGAUGAACUAUCUUACUUUUGACAUGUCCGAUAUAAGUGACAGUGACGUCAAAAAUAAGGUCUUCCCCACCUCUUUCGGCGACGGUACCGUCGCAAUCGAAUCUGUUUCCUACGAUAACUUUUGGUCGCGUGAACAUUGUGAUCAUUGGGUCGUGGCUGGGUCUUGCAACUGUAACGCCAAUGAUCCCAACAGUUUCUUCUUUCCCGUAAAAAUUAGCAAAAAUGUUGUUGCUCUGCGUAAUUUGGGCGACAAUUUGUUCUGCAAGAGAUAUGAUGACAAGGGCGUCGUUGACGGCCUCAGCGCCAUCAGCCCUACCAUUACUUUAGAGGCAAAACUCGAGGUGUAUGAACUUGUGUCCCAAAGAGCGAUCGGAAAUGUUGAAUUUCACCUCUUGGACGGUCGGAUCUACGACAAGAAAGUCAUCACUGUUGCUACUGGCUUUGCCGAAAACAGGUCGGAUCAACCUGAUGUGAUAGCUGUGAAACUUUCAUACAACAACACGAGGGUAAGUGCAUGGAGCUCUACAGUUUCGGUGAAGCUAAACGUGGAAACAUGCGUCAUCGAAUCGAGCAUUCCCAUCAUUUUUGAAGAGACUCUAGCGAUUGGACCGGAGUCGUUUUCAGGAGAAUAUGAUUGGGGAGAAGAUAAGAACUUGACAAAGAAGGUGGAAACUGUCCACAAGGUUUUGGUGCAGCCAUGCUCGAAGGUUAGAGUGAAUUUGGUGGCAACACAAGCUUCAUAUGAUGUGCCAUUCUCUUACACACAGAAUGAUACUCUCAUUAGUAGCAACUUGAUUACGACAUACAAAAUGGAAGAUGGGAUUUACAAGGGAGUUAAUCUUUACAACUUUAAGUUUGAAGAAACUGAUUGCGGUUGUUAA